CGUGACAAGUGACAAAACAUGACGUUUCGACCUUUCAAUGCGGUGUAAUUUCCGUAUUUUAUAGUGUUUUCUAUUAAAAAACGUUACUAUUUAAGUGUAAAUAAACAUUAUUUUAAUAAAAUGUGUUAAGUAUCAUAUCCUUAUAUUUGUUUUGAUUGUUUUCGAUCUUAAAUUCCAAUGGAUCCUAACCUUCCCCCUCAAGCGUUUGUUCCUCCGCCGGGCAUUGGGACACCUCCUCUAUUACCUCAAAUUCCCAUGCCCGGUCUGAGCCCGUUUCCCCCAAUGGUUCCUUCCUUCAAUGUACCGCCACCAGGUUUUGGCAGCUUCGGGCCCCCAGGCGGGGUCGGUCCAGUUGUUCCUGGAAGCGAAUGGAGCGAGCAUAAGGCUCCCGACGGCAGAACUUAUUAUUAUAAUUCGGUUACUAAGCAAAGUUCUUGGCAGAAACCUGAUCAGUUAAAGACACCUGCAGAGUUAAUGUUAUCGCAAUGUCCAUGGAAAGAAUAUACAGCAGAUAGUGGCAAAAUAUAUUACCACAAUGUUAAUACAAAGGAAUCUCGUUGGGUUGUACCCCCGGAAUUGGAAGAAAUCAAGAAAAAAAUUGCUGCAGAAGAGUUGAAACCAGCCUCUGGCCCGACGACCCCAAGAGAAGUUAUCAGUCCUAUACCAGCAACACUGCCUCUUGCUGUCUCUGUUGGUAAUUCUACAGGGCCAAGUUCACCUGCAGUAUCGACUGCUAGCCCUGGCGGAAAGAGUGCUCUAGAAGCUGCAAUGGCAGCUACAUUAGCUGCUAUCUCUUUGCCCAAUCUACCAGUAAAACAAGACGAAGAUUCGAACCAUUCGAUUCCGGGCGAUUUCGUCAAAGAGAUUAACAAUUCUAUUCCCGAGCCGAAAGUCUACAAGGACAAAAAAGAAGCCAUGGAGGCGUUCAAAGAGCUCUUAAAAGACAAGAACGUUCCCUCGAACUCCUCGUGGGAACAAUGCGUCAAAAUAAUAUCCAGCGAUCCCAGAUAUGGAUCGUUCAAGAAACUGAACGAGAAAAAACAGGUUUUCAACGCUUACAAGACUCAAAAACAGAAGGACGAAAAGGAGGAGCAACGCCUGAAAUCUAAGAAAUACAAAGAGCAGCUCGAAGAAUUCCUUUUGAAGACGGAUUUGAUCUCUUCGACGACGAAAUAUUACAGAUGCGAUGAGUUGUUCAGCACCAUGGAGGUAUGGCACAACGUCAAUGAUUCCGAUCGCAGGGACAUCUACGAUGAUGUAAUGUUCACGUUGUCGAAACGGGAAAAAGAAGAAGCCAAAAAUCUGAAGAAGAGGAACAUGAAGAAAUUGGCCGAGGUACUCGAAUGUAUGACUAAAAUUAAUUACGACACCACUUGGAGCGAAGCUCAGGUAUUACUAUUGGAGAACAGCACAUUUAAGAACGACGUAAAUUUAUUGGCUAUGGACAAGGAGGACGCUCUAAUAGUAUUCGAAGAGCACAUUAGAGUGCUGGAAAAGGAGUACAUAGAAGAAAAAGAGAGAGAAAAAAGACGAAUGAAACGGCAGUGCAGGAAAAACAGAGACCAAUUUCUGGCUCUGUUAGAUCAUCUGCACGAAGAAGGAAAAUUAACGUCAAUGUCGCUGUGGGUCGAAUUGUAUCCCAUUAUAUCCGCCGAUAUUCGCUUCUCAGCCAUGUUAGGUCAAAUCGGUUCCACGCCUCUGGAUCUUUUCAAAUUUUACGUAGAAGAUCUCAAGUCCCGUUUCCACGACGAGAAAAAGAUCAUCAAAGAGAUUUUAAGAGAAAAAGACUUUGAAGUCCUAAUCGACACUUCGUUUGAUCAAUUCGCCACCGUCAUUUGCGAGGACAAACGAUCCGCCUCUCUGGACGCCGGAAACGUCAAACUGACGUACAAUUCCUUCCUUGAAAAGGCGGAGGUGAAAGAAAAGGAACGACUAAAAGAAGAAAGUAAAAGAAUGAAAAAAUUAGAAACCGGUUUUAAGGCUCUCUUGAAAGAAAUGAACGUCGAUUUCGAGCAAUCUUGGGAGGAGAUCCGGAGUAAAUUAGAAAACGAAGAGGAAUUUCAAUCUUUCGAUUCAGAUAGCGAACGUCAAAGGGUGUAUAAGGAAUACCAACAUGAAAUGGAAGAAUCGUGCAGCCAUCACCAUUCGAGGUCGAAGAAAUCCAAAAAGAAGAAGAAGAAAGCGUACAAAUCGUCUUCUAGCGAUUCAGAUAGUGAUAGGCAUAAAAAAACAUCGAAGCACAAGUCGAAGAGUCCGACUCCUUAUUCCGAAGAAAGCGGGGAAGAAUAUAGAAAGAAGAAAUCAAAAAAGAAGCACAAGAGGAAGAUGUCGCCUAACACCCCUCCGCCGGCUCAAUCCAAGUACCGCGAAGAAGGACGUGGCGGAGAAAUGAGCGAGACGGAGCUGGAGAAACAGAGGGCGCUCUUGUUGGCUAAGUUGAACGAGAGCGAAUGACGUUGAAGUUAGGAUUUUGUACGGGUGUUUGGUGAGGAUGAUCAUUGAAAUAUUUUUUUUAAUAUAUAAUUUAAAAAAAGUUAAUGGCAUUUUUUUUUAAUAAUUUGUGCACUAAAUAAUCCCUAAAGGUAAGUUUUAUCACACGAUGUAAAUAG